UUACAUUUACAAUGAACUAAGCAGAUCAGAUACAGCUGCCACCACUUCAGCAGACCUAAACUGUGACAACUUUUUCUAUGGUAAAACGCGUGAGUGGGACAUCUUAAUUUAUCCCCUAUCUUUGCUAUAGCACCCUCUAUCUUCGUGUGUACACAGGGCCGGUGGCUCUGCUUGUGUCGAACAAUAUGGCGCCGGGAGUAGCUUUUGCUUCUGGACCAAUCGUUGUCUAAAGACCCUUAUCGGGCAGGAUGAACCUCUGCGGCCAAUACUUAAGGCAGACAGAGGCCCUGAAGGCUGACAUGACAGAUUCUAAGCUUGGCGCAGCAGAGGUCUGGACUUCAAGGCAGGCUCUUCAGGACUUGUACCAGAAGAUGCUGGUGACUGACCUGGAGUAUGCUUUGGACAAGAAAGUGGAGCAAGAUCUCUGGAACCAUGCUUUUAAGAAUCAAAUAACAACACUACAGAGUCAAGCCAAGAACAGAGCCAACCCCAACAGAAGUGAGGUGCAGGCCAAUCUGUCCUUGUUUCUUGAGGCAGCUAGUGGAUUUUACACACAAUUACUACAGGAGCUGUGUACCGUGUUCAAUGUGGAUUUGCCGUGUCGUGUGAAAUCAUCUCAUCUGGGAAUUAUCAGCAAUAAACAGACCAACCCCAGCACCAUUGUAAAACCCCAACCUAGCUCUUGCUCUUAUAUCUGCCAGCAUUGUCUCGUCCACCUUGGCGACAUUGCACGAUAUCGCAACCAAACCAGCCAGGCAGAGUCCUAUUACAGACAUGCAGCUCAACUUGUCCCCUCAAAUGGUCAGCCUUACAAUCAGCUGGCCAUCCUGGCCUCCUCUAAAGGGGACCACCUCACAACGAUAUUCUACUACUGCAGGAGCAUCGCCGUCAAGUUCCCUUUCCCUGCAGCCUCCACCAACCUGCAGAAAGCUCUCACUAAAGCUAUUGAAAGCCAAGAUGAGGUCAAAACAAAGUGGAGUAUGUCAGAUUUCAUCAAGGCCUUCAUCAAGUUCCACGGUCACGUUUACCUGAGCAAGAGUUUGGAGAAGCUCAACAACCUUAGGGAGAAGCUGGAAGAGCAGUUUCAGAGGCUGAUUCGGCAGAAAGCCUUCAGCUCCCAGCAGCUGGUCCACAUCACGAUUAUCAACCUGUUUGAGCUGCACCAUCUGAGGGACUUUGGCAACGAAGCAGACGACCAGAGCUUCAGCUCCGACGAGCAAAUCGGCUGGUUCCAACUUCUCGGCCUCUUCAUGUCAUUUCUGGGUAUCAUGUGUAGCCAAGCUUUACUAAAUAAGAACCGAGGAGAGGAGAUCAUGGGAGAAUGUCCACUGCCGGCCAUCAAGGUGUCUCUGGACUGGCUCAAACUGCGAUCCACUGUUUUUCAGGACAGUGCUGUGGACAAACGACAGUAUGUUUGGCCUUGGCUGGUGUCCAUUCUGAACAGUUUCCAACCGAAGGAAGAUGAUGUUUCCUGUGCAUCAAUGAUUCCACUUCCAGAGGAGUUUGAACUGCAGGGGUUUCUGGCUCUCCGGCCAGCUCUACGGAUCCUUGACUUCACUAAAGGCCACCAGGGCGUUGCUGUGGACAAGGAGGGUCUGCCAGUCCGUGCCCGUCACCAGAGGCUCAUCAGUCUGGGGAAAUGGGUGGCAGACAACCAACCAGGGCUGAUUCAGUACAAAUUCAGCGACAGUCUGCUGUUGUUCAUCACUGACAUUGAGGAGCUGGCCAUCGAGGAGCCCCAGGAGAAGGAUGCCCCUGUGCUCCAGGAGUCCUCCAAUGGAGAGCAGACUCCCAACGAGGGCAACAUGGGUCUGAAGUCAGUCCUAUCCAUGGGCAAGACCCAGAACAGUAUGUUGGAGAUCGGCGAGAGACCCGUGGUGACUUUCAAGGAGAACAUCAAGCCCCAGGAACAGAGCAGGGAGCCCAGCCGCAACCAGCACCAUAAGGAUACAGGGAAGGAACGGAGGGACUUUGGCAAAGGUAACGGCGCGCUGGGAAAAGGAGAGCAGAAGAGGGAUGGCAAGAGGAAGAGUGAGGUGAAGAAGAACAGCCAUGAGAAGGCUGCAGAUGCAGGGAAACAGGUGAAAGCCCAGCCGGAGAUGAGGACACCAGUGUCUGAGGCCAGGAAGACUCCAGUCACUCAGACCCAGACUACCUGCUCCUCCCAGUUCAUCCCCAUCCACCACCCGGGAGCCUUCCCUCCCCUGCCCAGCCGACCAGGUUUCCCUUCUCCGGCUUAUGUAAUCCCUCCUCCCGUGGCGUUCUCCAUGAACCCCGGCUUCACCUUCUCUACAGGCAUGUCUGUCUCUGGGCCAUUCCUACAGCCGUCCUCCCACCCUCAGCAGCCUGGCGCCCAGCAGACCCAGCAGGUGCAGGUCCAAGCCGGGAAGCCGUCUCACAUUCCAUACAGCCAGCAGAGGCCAGCAGGGCCGGGGGCCAUGAACCAGGCGCCCACCCAGGGCCAACAGGGUCCUCCCCAGCAGCAGCCCUCCCAGGCCCAGCAGUCCAUGCAGCAGUCGGUGCAGUUUCAGGCUCUGGCCCAACAGCAGCAGCAGCAGUCGCCCACUAAGCCAGUGCAGCCAGUACAGCUGGGCAAAAGCCCACCUCAUCCAGGGAUGCAUCAGUACAUGCAGGUUGACCAGGCUGGCCAGAUGUGGGGCCAGCACCAGGGGCAGCCCACCAUGCAGAAGAUGCAGGCCAUGCAGGUGCCCGUCAAGCAGCCCUACUAUGGCAUGCCCCCCCAGGACUCCCUGAAGCUCUUCGAGCAACACUCCGUGCAAACGGCUGGGCAGAUGCCAAUGCAGCCACAGCAGCAGAACAGCAUGGACAAGAAAAUGAAGUACCCAGAUGUGAAAAUGCAGGAUUUUUACUGGGAGCUUCCCUACCGCAUGGGGGAUAACAGACAGAUGGUGGGGGAGAGGAUGGGCAAGCGGCCACCCCCAGGGGUCUUCCACCCAGACCAGGACAAUGCACCCAGAGGACCUCCCUUUGAGGACAACAAGAGCACCCCUCUUCUGCCUCCAGACCUUUUAAAAAGUCUAUCAAAUUUUGAGGAGGAAGAGCUGGUCUUUACUAAGCCUCAUGGUUUCUACCAGGCCUUGGCGAGUCCUCUUAGCACUGCUCCAGGAAGAAACCUAUUUUCCAGAAUGGAGAGUGGUGCUGAGGUGAUGGGCCAGUCGUCUUCUCUCAUGCCUUUAUCUGGAUUUCCAAUUCAGGAGAGAUCCUAUCAAAACAGCAUUUUCAGUCAGGCGUAUGGGAAAAACAUGUCUCCCAACCCCAAGCCUGAUGCUCCCAUGCUGCACCAGGAACCUUCCCUGUACUCCCUGUUUGAAGGAACUCCAUGGUCCCCGUCCCUUCCCGCCAGCUCAGACCACUCAACACCAGCAAGCCAGUCCCCUCACUCAUCCAACCCAAGCAGUUUACCCUCUUCCCCACCCACACACAACCACGGCUCCAUCCCCUUCUCUAACUUCGGCCCCAUAGGAACGCCCGACAGCCGAGACAGGAGGAUGGUCGACCGCUGGAAGGUGGAAAAGACUGGAGCUGUGAGUGGGUUUGGUUUGGACUACCUGCCUGCUGUGUCAUCCUCUACAGAUCACCGAGCCCCCGAGAACAGCUGGCACCAGGGAAACGCCCCCAGCAGCUCCUGGGCGGCCCAGGAGUCGCCCAUGGAAGACUCCUCCACUGUGCUCCUUGACAGUCUGAAGUCCAUCUGGUCCAGCUCAAUGAUGCAGCCGGGGCCGUCGGCUCUGGAGCAGCUCCUCAUGCAGCAGAAGCAGCAGAGGGGCCAUGGCACCAUGAACUCUCCACACUGAAGGGCCUGCAGUCAGAAGCACUUGUGUGAUGAAGUAAAAAAAAUAAAAACACGCUCCAAAUCGGAAUUACCGGCAUAUGGAGGCUGGGGAAGGUCAAACGAUUUCCGAACAGGCUCAAAACACCCCUCGGAUAACGAGGAACGGUACAAGUCUUCUCUCGCUCUCUCUCUGUGCCUCGCAUGGCAAUGAGGGCGUGCAAGCACCACCUUCUCCACCUCACUGCUGAGCACGAAGCUACUGCGGGGUCCAAUUUGUAGGAUUCUUACGUUGAGGAAACUGAACCUCUGACAACCAGUCACCAUGCUCAACACCUGAAUUCCUCUGGAGAGUGUGGGCAUAAACGACCAUCCUUCAGUCCAUUUCACUUGGAUUCCAUGUAGCUGGUCUCCUCUGAAAGCUCCUUGCGCUGCUCUUGGUGUGGAUUUACUACCACUCUGUCUUGACUUACCUACUGUACAAGAGAGGAGAAUAAAGGUGGUGCAGGGUCUUAUUGGGAAGGCAAGGUGAGCCUAAAACGGUAGAUGUGGUGGCAGGGAAAAAAGACUGAAAUCUUACUGAAUUCUUGACUAAAUUGUAUUUAUCUUGGACUAAGAAACAGGAGGAAGAUGGACUAUGUAGCUGGGGAAUGAAUGAAGGAAUGAAUGGAGUUGUUCUAGCUAUAUUGCCGCAGUUGGUAAUAUGUGGGGGUAAAAGCGUGCCCGUCUUUCUGUGCACAGAAUCGUUUGAAAAUACCGAAGCAGGUUAUGCUAUAGAUGCGAGUUUUCCAGUUUGCUAAUUGGACUGCGUCUUGUUGCUUUCUGUAAAUGUUUUCUAAGGAGGGAGGUGCAUCUCCAGGUCAGUUGAGGAUGAUGGGAAUGCUUUAAAAGCUCACCACAAUGUUAGCUCAACAACAAACGGAGAAAGGGAAGAGAAAAUAGAUGUAGGGAUAGUAUUAUUAGCUCUAAUAGAUUGCAAUUAUUAGAAAUACUGUAUUUUGUGAUUUGUUCGUAACAGUUUUAGCUUUAUGAAAUAUUGGGUAACUGUCAUAGUUUACUGCUUAUAGGGGAAGUCUAUAUUUAUAUGUUCCUCGUUCCCCUUGCUUCUUUCCCUUCACUCAACUUUCUUUGAGGUGAAAUGUAACUAGCUUACCUGCGUAAUUGUUUUUGUUUGUUCAUGUUCUGCCUUUUUAAUAGUUUUAAGCAUCUUUAUUGGCUCUCAUUGUGCCUGGUCAGUUUUUUUUUUUCUUAUUACUAUCAUGGUUGGCACUGUCUUGUAAUUGAAACAAGCAAACGGGUCCAGCAAAGCUGCUGGUUCAGCAAUAUGGGGCACAAGCCGAGCCAGAUGGACAGACAGUGGGCUGGGCUAUGGCUGGGGGACAGAGGGCAGGACAGGUGUAGUAGUCCCUGACUCCCCUACAUGGCUCAGAAUAGGGGAGAAAGAUUGAUUUAUGGUAACCUCUUUGCAACCACUACUAUUAUCACAACAGUUAUUGAAUAAAAGUAAUUACUUCAUCCUCUAGGAUAGUGGUAAUCGUCAUAUUAUACCCCGGAGAGUGGCUUGCAUGGUUUUCUUGUCUAAAGUCGUAGCUCAGCUUUUUACAUAGCUAUUGUGUAACUAACUGAACUAAUUGUUUGGGUAUUAAGUUCCUGCCACUUGGGGUACGCCAGUGUGAAUCUGUUAUUGGCUAAGUUCCUCUGGUCACGACAAACGCCUUAGCCAGAUAAUGACUGUUUCCUCCCAAAUAAUGGAAUCCCCGAAGCACUGAGCAACAAUCAGCAGACUCAAGAGGCUCUCCAGGACCAGUCUGAGGCAUAGCUCUAAAUUGUCAGUUGAGUCUAGGGGUCACUGUUGGAUAAGAUUAGAAAUUUGAUGACUAUAUGCAGUGGUUCCCUCUUUAUGGUUUAGGCAGCAUAAAGCAUUUUGUAUUUAAAAGGUAUACGAAGACUGAAUCUUGUAUGACGGGGUGAAGUGUUUUUAUUUUCAUGUAGAGAACAUUUUAUUAAAGCCAACUUUAAAUGUGUCUUUUCUCUGUGCUUUUCCUGUUGCAUUAAAAUUGUAUUUACAAAAAAAUAAAAAAUAGACUGACUCUUGGGACAAAUUUGUCCUGAAAUGCUUACAAAAACUAACUUAUUUAGCACAUCAAACCAAGAGUGAAACUGUGGCCCUGUUUUCUCUCCUGUAUCUGCUCAUUCUAUGGGGUUCUGAUCUGAAAUGUGUGGUAGGAUCAUCAUGAAUGGUGUUUGUCAGUGGUGUUGAGCUUAAACAGUUCUUGCUGUCUAGAUGGGCGGUAGAGGGAGUAAUGGGUAGAAUGUUGGAAACGCUCUGCUCUGGGCAUUCUGCCAUUUACUACAUUGUUAAUGUGGACUCGCCUCUCUCUGCCCCAUCCUUAGUACAUUGGUUUCACCACAGCAAGAUGUGUGGAAGAGAACCCUGCACUUCGGGCAGGUGUAACAUUCCAUACUUCAAUAGUCCUGUGGGACAUUACAGGCACUGAAAAAUGACCAACCAACAACAUCAAGCACUGUGUCCCAGUUUAAGUUCAUUGCUUAGGAGAGAAUCACUGAUACUGCAUGAGGAUUUGGAAUUCAGAAUGCUUCACUUGUUAUGGGGAGGGAAAGGGGGUUCAUUCAGAAAUAGGCUUGUGUUCUAAUUUUUUUUGUCUUUCUGUAGACAUUCAGAAACGGUAGAAGCAGCUAUGCCUUUAUAAUAAAGUAAACCAUGUUCUCCCUA